GUUGUGACCCUAUAAAUGCUUUCGUAUUUGAAGGAAGCCCUGUUCAGUAUGUUUUUCAUAUUGGUCAUAGUCUGCUGCCUGCCUUUGUGGGUUAUUGCUUCUAAUAACUCCUCUGAAUUGGAGUUUACUCUCAGUCCAAAAUGUCAUCCCUUAAUGGACUGUGAGCCGUAUUUUUCACUGGCUGGUUUUGCAAAAGUUUCCUGGCUGGAAGCUAACCAUAUCUGUAACCAAGUUGGUUCCGUCUUGGCCACAGUUAGAAACAAGGAACACCAUCAGCUUAUGUUGGACUAUGUGUUUAGGAAUGAAAAAUAUUUUGGCAACAUGACAUUCUGGCUGGGUGCCACAAACCUCGUGUAUCGAUCUUAUUCCUGGACAUGGCUCAGCACCGGAAUUCCUGUGACCUAUGCACAGUGGGCUAAAAGGGAACCCAAAUCGAAUCGAAGAGGCCAGGAUGCUUGCCUGAUCCUGGACAGUGGUGAUCACAUGUGGCACAGCGCUAACUGCUCGGAGAAAAACUUUUUCAUAUGCGAGAAUAUUUGUAUGUUAGAUUACUCGGGGUUAGACAAAAAAGUAUAUAUCUAAUUGAAAUUGAGAGACUGUUUUCUUGAGUAAAGAUUCUUAAGGUAAACCAUUGUGAAUAUAUAAAUAAUUAAAAUGUUUUCAACAAAGGAAA